AUGGCUGCGCGCGUGUGCCGGCUCCAUCACAUCUCCCUGCAUGUGUCGAACGCGGUGAGGGUCGCGCGCGCGCUCGCCUCGCGGUUCCAGUUUGCGGCCGUGGGCGCGCGCGUGACGGCCGGGUCGCGGCAGCUCGCGCUGCGCAAAGGAUCCGCCGUGUUCGUCGUGAACGAGCGGCGGGAGCGCGAGCGCGACCUCCACGACGACGAUGGGCACGACGGCUACCUGUACGACGUCCGGCCGCGCUACGCGGUGGACAGCGCGUGCAACGUGUGCUUCGAGGUGGAGGACGUGGAGGACUCGUGCGCGCGCCUCCGCGACCGCGGCUGCGACGUCCUCGUGCCUCCGACCGAGGUGCGCGACCCCGACGGCGGCGGCAGCGUCACCUACUCCGUCGUGAAGUCCGUCGUGGGGAACGUGUGCCACACGCUGCUGGACCGGAGCCGGUACGAUGGCGGGUUUCUGCCGGGCUUCCGGCGGGUCGAGGGCGGAACCGCCCCGGACCCGGACCUGGACCUGGACGCGGACUCGCGGUGUCCCGUCACUCAUUUCGACCACGUGACCUUCGCCUGCCCGACGCGCAGCGCUGGGGACGUGAUGAGGUGGUACGCGGAGAACUUCGGCUUCCGGAGGUUCUUCAUUAGCAGUGACGAGGACGUGGAGGAGGGCUACGUGUUGAACCAGCACGGCAUCGGCCUGCGGCUGACCGCUAUGGAGUACUGGAAAUGCAGUGAGGCUGGACUUAGCAUCCCUUUCAUAGACAAAAAGGAGCCGGACUGCAAGUUCGUGGUUGCAGAAUCCCUACCUGAGCAGGGCAGGAAUCAGGUGGAUUCGUUUCUGCAGCAGCACGGGGGUCCAGGCAUCCAGCACAUCGGCCUGUUCACGAAGAACAUCGUGUCCACAGCGCAAACUAUGGCUGAAGCCGGGGUGGAGUUUGUGUCUCCUCCUCCAGCCUAUUACACUGAGGUGGGGAAGCAGCAGGAGAUUUUGGAGGCGGGGCUUGAUCCAAAGGAGCUGAAGCAGCACGGCAUCCUGUUGGACACUGACCUGCGCAGCUGUGGAGACGAUGGAGCGAGUGCGCCCAAUGGGAGGUACCUGCUCCAGGUGUUCACCAAGCCCAUUUUCUCUGAGGACACGUUCUUCCUGGAGCUGAUCGAGCGCAGGGGGGCCACGGGUUUCGGCGAGGGCAACAUCCGCGCCCUGUGGAGGUCUGUUCAGUCUUACAUGGAGAACGAGAACCGCAAACACAGACUGGACUCUGAAAUUAAAACCAAGCAAACCGGACAGCACUGAUGACCAGUCCGAUGGCCAGAGAGCUAAAUGUACCGUCAGAUUAGAUAUUACACUUAUUUAUCCUUGACGUUUGAAAACUGUGACUCUUAGAACGACACUCCUUAAUAAAGACCAUGAAAUGGUGAAA